AUGCGUCUUGUGGUGAACAAGGAAUACAUCAAGAAGAUGUAUGGCGAGCGCAGCCAUCCACAAACAUGUAAAAUCAUAUCAAAGAUUGCCCGAGCUGGUAAUUCGUGUAUGAACUUUGUGCUCCGCUUGCUUUUCGAUCAAGAAUGCUGCGACGUCUCAUGCCAACCACACCUUGAGAUACUGAUGCAGAGCAACGGAAUGGUAAACUACAUUGUAGGCAAGCUAGUUGGGAGAGGCUUGUAUUCCCAUGACUCAAGACAGUGGGAGCCAUUCAUUGAUAAAAGUAAAUGGAGUGGUAGGGAAUACACAGCUCUUGCAAAGUUUCUGUUAGAGUUUGAGCGGAGCAAUAGGAAGGUUGUUGAUGCAGACAAGGAGUUUGUUGAGUAUGUGCUGUGCAAGGUUCCUGAGUCUGAAAAAGCACUGCUAAUCAAGUAUUCAAAGAUUACUCCGCUAAGCAUUAUGAUUGUAGAGAAUAUGAGCCAGGAAAGCCUAUGCAGUGCUGGUGUUGUGCACCAAUCGAUCCAUGCAUUCAUGCGUGCACUAAGGAUGCCAUAUGAAGAAGGACUUAUUUACCUGCACAAAUCUGGAGUAAGAUUCAAGACACUGCACAAGGCGCUUCUCUGCUCGUCGUUUCCACAAGUUCAGGAGCAUCUACAUGCAUUGGUUGACUUCUAUCCAGAAGUGAUGUUUGAAGCCGGAAGCAUGCAUCCAAACAGGAUAUGCAUGCUCAAGGAUCCUCUGUCAAUUCCAAGCGACAAGAAGAUUUUAUGCAGCUAUAUUUCUGCAUCGAUGUAUUUUCUAAGGAGACGGCACCAAUUUGUUGGAUGUGUGCAGAAUCUGGAUGUUUUAGUCAAGACAAUCCAUAUUGAGAGGAUACUGAGCAGCAAACCGAAAAGAAGUGUUCUGAGGAAUGUGGUUCAUCAACUGAUUCUCAGUGCACCGGUUCUUGUGCGCAUCAUAGUGGCAAGGAAGUUUGAAAGAAGCAUUGUGAGGAAGAUGAUUGGCAAUGUGCCCUCUUUCCAUCUAGCAUAUGAAGUGUCGUUGAAAAUCCUCUGUACAAGCCCGGCAGAUGAGUUUUAUGCACUACUGGUUGAAGGACUACUAAUGAAAUAUCCAACAGAGUCGAAUGUAUCCAAGUUCAGAGCAUGUUCGGAUCAGCUACAAGAAUCGUUUGUGGAACAGGUUGAAAGACAACUACAGUGA